CGUGCGGCGCCCGCUCCCUCGGGCCCGCCGGCCUGGUGCGUGCGCACGCGCGCUGGCCCCCGGAGGCGUCUGGACGUGCGGAGCGCGCGCGCGGCUCGGAGGCGCACCUGUGAGGUGUCCCCAGAGGAGAGGCGGGUGGGUGCGCGGAGCCCGGGCCCGGCGCCUCCACCCCGCACUCGGAGUGAGGCCCGGCGGCCCCGCGGAGCCCGGCGAGCAUCCGGCGCAGGUGAUGAGGAGCCCCCGGCGCGGAGCGCGGCCGCCGCUGGACGCCGCCAUUGUCUGACCGCAGCCAGGGCCGCUGCUCACCCAGGAGCCUGGAGUGGCGCCUGGGCAGGGAGUCCUCAGCGCGAGGAGCCGCACACCUGGGCCCGAGGAACUGGCUUCCGGGGAAGGCUCCGGCGGACGUGCAGGAGGCGGGAUGUCACCCUGACUCUUCCCGGGAGCCUGCGGGGGGCCGAGACCAGCACGGAGCUCUCGGCCUCUGCGGCGAGGGACGCUGUGCACCGCCGUCCGCGCGUGAGAAGUGCGAGGCCAUCCACGCGAGGGAGCUUCCCGGGGCUUCCAGACGCCACGCAAAGGUCUGCAGCCGGAGCCCCGUGCGAUGUGGACCCUCAGGACCCAAAAGGGAGCUCUGCGUUCAUGAGAUGCGCGCGGGCGGGCGUGUCGCUGCGUAGUCGGUAGUGACCGAGGGGGGACACUAUGCAGGAAGAAGCCUUCCCCAGGAAGGCAGGCAGGGCAGAGCUUAGGCCGACCUUGAACCCCCCAGCAGAGCGAGCCUGAGAUAAGCUGCCGGCAUGGCCAAGUGCGAGGCCCGGCGACCUCGCGGCCUGUAACUAGUCGCCGCAGGACCUUUCUCCUCUCAGCCACGAUACCAAAUAGGAAACAUGAUCUACAAGUGCCCCAUGUGCAGGGAGUUCUUCUCUGAGAGAGCAGACCUUUUCAUGCACCAGAAGGUCCACUCUGCCGAGAAGCCCCAUAAGUGCGACAAGUGCGACAAGGGCUUCUUUCACAUAUCAGAGCUCCACGUUCACUGGAGAGACCACACGGGGGAGAAGGUCUAUAAGUGCGAGGACUGCGGGAAGGAUUUCAGCACCACAACGAAACUGAACAGACACAAGAAAAUCCACACGGUAGAAAAGCCCUAUAAAUGUUAUGAGUGUGGCAAAGCCUUCAAUUGGAGCUCACACCUCCAGAUUCACAUGAGAGUUCAUACAGGCGAGAAACCCUAUGUCUGCAGCGAGUGCGGGAGGGGCUUUAGUAACAGUUCAAACCUGUGCAUGCACCAGAGAGUCCACACCGGAGAGAAGCCCUUCAAAUGCGAGGAGUGCGGGAAGGCCUUUCGGCACACUUCCAGCCUCUGCAUGCAUCAGAGGGUCCACACGGGGGAGAAGCCCUAUAAGUGUUAUGAGUGUGGGAAGGCCUUCAGCCAGAGCUCCAGCCUCUGCAUCCACCAGAGAGUGCACACUGGGGAGAAGCCCUACAGGUGCUGUGGGUGUGGGAAGGCCUUCAGCCAGAGCUCCAGCCUCUGCAUCCACCAGAGAGUGCACACUGGGGAGAAGCCUUUUAAAUGCGAUGAGUGUGGGAAGGCCUUCAGCCAGAGCACCAGCCUCUGCAUCCACCAGAGAGUGCACACAAAGGAGAGAAACCAUCUCAAAAUAUCAGUCAUAUAAAGAGUUGCUAAGAGUUAAAAAUCUUAAAACCCGUAAGUGCCACUAGGAAGGAAACCCUAUGAAUACCUGCAUUGACCCGAGAAAUUGCUCCCAGAAGCCCCGGCAGAAUGUUCCUUUUGAGGAGGCGUAGGUCAGGCGGUUUUUUUAUUCCUACCAAGUGUGUUCCACGGCUUGGUGUCCCAGUGGGCGUCUGCCCAGGAUGGGUUGUGAGGUCCCAGCCAUCUCCCACUCGCGGAAUGAAUGCGGGUGUGCGUUUCCUGGGCUUCCGUAGUUGAGUGCUACACAGGAAACCACGAUCAUCACCCAGCCUCCCGCGUGUCCCAGGUACCCUGUCAGGAGCUCACGACCCCUUCUCUCCAUCAGGCGUAUCAGUGAAUGCAUUUGAAAGGGACAGCUCCCCGAGGCGGUGCUCUGGAAUUUCCACUGAUCCCACUGUUUGUCCCCCACUUGGCCUGUGUGUCCCGAGUCCUCUCCCAGAAGCACCACCUUCCUAGAUGGCGUCAGGUCUCACUGCAGGUGUCGGGCGGCUCGGGCGCCGCUCACACCGCCCGUCAGGAGUCACUGGCAGGCACACGCUCCCUCGAACCUUUUUUUUAAUUUUGUGGAUUCUGCUAAUCACUGUGUUCUGUUAGACUUACUUUCUAGCGGCUACAUCACCUAGUUUUAACUUGAACAUUUUUUUUGGAAAUAGCUGAAUGUAAAUAGGGCGCAGGAGCAGGCGGAGUUGGAACUUCUCUGUGCCCUCGGGGGCUCCCUUGUGACUGGAUCCUUCCCUCCAGGGCAGCCCGCGGGGUGGGAGGUGGGAGGAGCCACUGCUCAUAGUCUCGUCCAGUGGCCCUUGGUUGAGGAUUACCUAUCGGUUCCCUUUUAGGCCUGGAUGUCUAUGCUAGUUACCCUUCAUUCAUUCAUUCAUUCAUUCAUUCAUUCAACGAGUAUUUAUUGAACACCUCCUAUGUGCCAGGCACUGCUGGGUGCUGGGAAUGCCACUGAAUCAGACAAGGGCCCCUACUCAUGGAGUGACUUCUGGUGGAGGAGACAGGCGAUGAGUAAACACGUAGUUUGAGGUAGUGAUUGCUAUGAAGAAAAUAAACGGGGUGAUGAU